AUGGCGAUAGAGGUUACCCAAGUUCUUUUGAGUGCACAGUCAAUAGAUGGAGCGGUUCGUAAGCAUGCUGAGGAAAGUUUAAAACAGUUCCAGGAACAGAAUCCCACAGGAUUUUUGCUCUCUCUUUCGAACGAAUUGGCGAAUAAUGAUAAGCCUGUGGACAGUCGCAAAUUGGCAGGAUUGGUCCUCAAAAAUGCAUUAGAUGCUAAGGAACAAUAUAGGAAGUAUGAACUUGUACAGAGAUGGUUGUCACUGGACGCAGCCGUGAAGGCCCAGGUCAAAGGGUGUUUGCUUCAGACCCUUUCCUCACCCGCCAUUGAUGCAAGAUCCAUUGCAUCUCAGGUGAUUGCGAAGAUUGCUGGCAUCGAGCUGCCUCAAAGUCAAUGGCCAGAACUGAUCAGUUCCCUUUUGUCAAAUAUUCACCAGCCCCAUGUCAAGCAAGCAACUCUUGACACUUUAGGUUAUGUGUGUGAAGAAGUUUCCCCUGAAGUUGUCGAUCAAGAUGAGGUUAAUAAAAUUUUGACGGCAGUUGUCCAAGGCAUGAGUGCCUCCGAGGGAAACACUGAUGUAAGGUUGGCUGCAACUCGAGCUUUGUAUAAUGCUUUGGGAUUUGCUCAGGCAAAUUUCGCAAACGACAUGGAGCGGGACUUCAUCAUGAGAAUCAUUUGCGAAGCUACACUGUCCCCUGAAGUGAAGAUUCGGCAGGCUGCAUUUGAAUGCCUCGUGUCCAUAUCUUCAAUGUACUAUGAGAAGCUGUCUUCUUACAUGCAGGACAUAUUCAACAUCACUGCUAAAGCUGUGAGGGAAGAUGAGGAGCCUGUUGCUCUUCAAGCUAUUGAAUUCUGGAGCUCAAUCUGUGAUGAAGAGAUCGACAUCCUAGAUGAAUAUGGUGGUGAUUUCACUGCUGAUUCAGAUAUCCCUUGCUUCUAUUUCAUCAAGCAGGCGUUGCCUGCACUCGUCCCUAUGCUACUUGAGACCCUUCUUAAGCAAGAGGAAGAUCAGGAUCAAGAUGAAGGUGUAUGGAAUAUCGCAAUGGCUGGCGGAACCUGCUUGGGUUUGGUUGCACGGACAGUGGGAGACGACAUAGUCCCCCUUGUUAUGCCAUUCAUACAGAAAAACAUCAAUGAACCCGAAUGGAGGCAGCGAGAGGCGGCAACCUAUGCCUUUGGCUCUAUCUUAGAAGGCCCAUCCCCAGACAAGCUUAUUGAUGUCGUCAAGCAUGCUCUGAGUUUCAUGCUAACUGCGUUAAUGAAGGACCCGAAUAAUCAUGUGAAGGACACCACCGCAUGGACCCUGGGAAGGAUUUUCGAGUUCCUCCAUGGAUCGACCAUGGAGACGCCAGUGAUCACCCAUGAGAACUGCCAACAGAUCUUGACUGUCUUGCUCCAUAGCAUGAAAGAUGUUCCUAAUGUUGCUGAAAAGGCCUGUGGCGCCCUCUACUUCCUUGCCCAAGGCUACGAGAACAUGGGUUCCGGGUCGCCCAUAUCUCCUUUCUUCAAGGAUGUCGUUCAGGCCCUCCUCCAUGUUACACAUAGGGAAGAUGCUGGUGAAUCCCGCCUUCGCACUGCGGCCUAUGAGACACUGAACGAGCUCGUGAGGUGCUCCACUGAUGAGACGGCUUCGACAGUCAUGCAGCUGGUUCCUGUCAUCAUGGCCGAGCUUCACAAGACGCUCGAAGCACACGAGAAGCAGAACGAGUUGCAGGGCCUUCUCUGUGGUUGCCUUCAGGUGAUCAUCCAGAAGCUGGGAUCAGCAGAGCCCACAAAGUACGCCUUCAUGCAGUACGCGGACCAGAUCAUGGAUCUCUUCCUGCGGGUAUUUGCCUCCAGACACGCUACAGUGCACGAAGAGGCAAUGCUCGCUAUCGGUGCUCUUGCCUACGUGACAGGUCCAAACUUCUCCAAGUACCUGGAAGGAUUCUAUCCCUACUUGGAGAUGGGUCUUCAGAACUUUGAGGAGUACCAGGUCUGUUCUAUCACUGUUGGUGUGGUGGGAGACCUGUGCAGAGCAUUGGAGGAGAAGAUUCUGCCUUUCUGUGAUGGAAUCAUGACGCAGCUCUUUAAAGAUCUGUCCAGCAAUGAACUCCACCGCUCUGUUAAGCCCCAGAUCUUCUCGUGCUUUGGUGACAUCGCCUUGGCUAUUGGAGAGAACUUUGAGAAGUACCUGACCUACGCCAUGCCCAUGCUUCAGAGUGCAGCAGAGCUCUCAGUCCGUGCUUCGGUAACCGAUGAUGACAUGAGCGAGUACACCAACCAGCUGAGAAAUGGGAUUCUGGAAGCUUACUCUGGGAUUUUUCAAGGAUUCAAGAGUUCCCCGAAGACCCAGCUCCUCAUGCCUUUCGCUCCUCACAUCCUUCAGUAUCUCGACAGCCUGUACAUGGAGAAGGACAUGUAAGUAUCCUAGCCCAAGCCAUUUACCUUAUAAUGCCCUGUAUUCUGUACUAACUCUCUCUCUCUCUAUCUAUCUAUCUAUCUAUCUAUCUAUCUAUCUAUCUCUCUCUCUCUAUCUAUCUAUCUGUCUGAUAGGGAUGAGGCUGUGAUGAAGACUGCGAUUGGUUUACUGGGAGACCUGGCAGACACACUGGGCAGCAAAGCCGCCCUUUUGAUCGGUCAGUCUGUUUCAAGCAAGGGCUUUUUGGAUGAAUGCUUAUCUUCGGACGAUCAUUUGAUUAAAGAAUCUGCCGAUUGGGCCAAAUUAGCUAUCAGUAGGGCUGUCUCUGGUUGA